AUGAAUAGCUACUCGUACAACACGCCUCCUGGCCACCCGGCUGCCUACUAUCCCUCGUUCAGCGCGACGCCUUCGCCCGCUGCGUCGCCCUCGGGGGGCCAGCACGGUUACUACGCGCGGCCAGGACCGUCCCCUCGACACCACUCUCGGCACACUUCCUCGGGAGAUGCGUAUAGCUACUCCUCCCCGCGCGGGGCCACCUUCUCCCCGCGGUAUAACUCCAGCGGAUACUACGCGACUGCUGCCAAUGUGAGUCGAGACAAAAGUUCGUAUGCGGCUCCGUGCCAUUAUGAGAGGCGAAGUUCUUACUCCCAUCAUCGAGCCUCUCCGGGGGAGUCCGACGAGGACGAGUUUGACUUUGUCGACUACGUGGUGGACGGGGUGGUCUACCGCCAGUACAGUCGCCGGCCUGACAAGUCCACCUUUAACUCUCGUGGGCGCGCCACUGACCAGUAUUUCUCUCAGGCUCAAGGACACGCCUACAACAGAGAUGACUUUGAGGGCACGCCCGUCUACGAGCCGCAGUCGCACUCCAGCAGACGACGGAGGCAAUCCUCCUCCUCCUCGACGCCACAGCGUACUUCAUCGCGUCCCACCUCCUCCACACCCAAGAAGCCGCCGCCGGUGGCCAAGGCGACCGAGGCCGACGCGCGCAAGCACCGCAUCCCUCCCGGAUACUCGCUCAAGAAUUGGGAUCCCUCCGAAGAGCCCAUCAUGCUCCUCGGCAGCGUCUUCGAUGCCAACAGUCUCGGCAAGUGGAUCUACGACUGGACCGUGUACCACCACGGACCCGCGACCCCCAUCGCCGACAUGGCCGGCGAGCUCUGGCUCCUGCUCAUCCAACUCGCCGGCAAGGUCAAGCGCGCCGAGGAAUGCAUGAGCCGCAUCCGCACGAAGGAGAACAAGGAGAUGGUGGACGACUUCAUCGAGUCUGGGGAGCGGCUCACGGACAAGCUGAAGAGGCUUCUCAAGUCCUGCGAAACGCCCAUGUUGAAGGCGGGCAAGAAGCACGGGAAGGACUCGGCGCAGCUGGGCAAGAACGCCGGAACCGAGUUUGUCGACUCCAUCUUCGGGCGCGACCGCCAGCUCGAGGCGACGGAGAAGUUCAUGUCAUCGAUUCGCCUCUGGAACCUCCGCUUCGACGCCAACUGCGAGGACAUUCUCCGCCGACCAGGACAAUAG